UUGGUUAGAGUUGGAGACCUCGUUUCAGACGGAUCUUGGAUUGUUUUGAGUUUGACUUCCCGCGAAGACGACAGCACAGCGAAGUGAUAUCUAGGCUGGUGGAAUGAGUAAACGAAAGGUAAAGGAAUUGCACCUAACAGUUGGAGAAUGCAUCUCACAGGUUCAGCGGCUGUUAAGAGAGCGAUUCUGUCAUUUCAAACUUCCCAACGAGCCACAGGGAAUGGAAUCUCAACACAAACAUCUUCUGGAGCUUCUUAAGAGGACUGCGGUCCAUGGGGAGAGCAACUCUGUCAUCAUCGUUGGACCAAGAGGAGCAGGGAAAACAAUGCUCCUGAAUUGUGUCUUGAGUGAGUUGCUGGAGGUGAACGAAGUGAAGAAGAAUGUCUUACAGGUUCAUCUGAAUGGCCUCCUACAGACUGAUGACAGAAUAGCCCUCAAAGAAAUAACACGCCAGCUUCACCUGGAAAAUGUGGUCGGGGACAAAGUGUUUGGCAGUUUUGCAGAGAACCUGGCCUUCCUGCUUCAGGCAUUAAAGAAAGGUGAUCGUAGCAGCAGCCGUCCUGCCCUCUUCAUUCUGGAUGAAUUUGACUUGUUUGCUCACCAUAAGAACCAGACCCUUCUCUACAACCUCCUGGACGUCUCCCAGUCUGCCCAGGCCCCCAUUGCUGUGGUUGGACUCACCUGCCGGCUGGACGUGCUGGAGCUGCUGGAGAAGCGGGUCAAGUCCAGGUUUUCCCACAGGCAGAUCCACCUGCUCAGCAGGCUGAGCUUCACGGGGUACCUGGAGGCUGUGUGCACCCAGCUAAGCCUUCCCCAGGACUUCCCUGACCCCCGCUUUGCUCAGGACUGGAACGCCAGCAUCAAGACACUGUGUGAAGACAAAUUGGUUGUGGAUGUUCUACAAAGACAUUUCAACUCCAGCAAAGACUUCCGUUCUCUGCAUAUGUUACUGAUGCUUACGUUGAGCCGUGUGACUGUAUCAAAACCCACCAUCACAGCCACAGAUAUCCUGGAGGCCAGCAGAGUGUGCACGGUCGACUCCAAAGCCAACAUUCUCCAUGGUCUGUCCAUUCUUGAACUUUGUCUGAUAAUUGCAAUGAAACACCUAAAUGACAUCUAUGACGGAGAGCCCUUCAACUUUCAAAUGGUUCACAAUGAGUUCAAGAAAUUUCUGCAGAGGAAAUCCCAUUCCAUUCAUAAUUUUGACAAGCCAGUCGUACUAAAGGCAUUUGAGCACUUGCAACAGCUAGAACUCAUCCAGCCCAUGGAUGGGUCUACAGCUAAGGUCCAGAGAGAGUACCAACUCAUGAAGCUCAUGCUGGACCACAGCCAAAUAAUGGAGGCCUUGCAGAAAUACCCACAAUGCCCCACUGAUGUGAAACAGUGGGCAAUGUCUGCGUUUGGUUGAUGGUUUGUUUCUGGACAGUUCCCACUCCACCAGAAGGAUAAGGACCAAGCUGAAAGAGCACUUCCAAGUCACUGCUAAGUCAUCAAAACGAUCAGAAAUGUUCCAGAAGCCUGCUUUUCUUGCACCUGCAGGGGGAGUAUUGAGCUACACUGGAGACACUUCAUGCUGCUUUUCUUUCAAAUAUCAAAACGGAAGCUUUGGUAAUAGACAUUGUCAACUCAUUUGUAUUCUAAAACAUUUGCAGUUUCAGUAAACCAAUCAUUUUGAAGUAUACGUUUGUGUUGAGCUGUACAUUUGUAUUGAAAUGGGGAUUGCACCAUAGUGUGGACCUAAUAGCAUGUCACUGGAAAGAUUCCCGAACCAAGACACCAUGUAGAGCAGUCACUAUACUUUAUUUCAAGGGGAAUAGCAUACUAUUUCUCUGUACAAUAUUUCACAAUCACUUCUAACCAGGCCACUGAAACACUUGGUGAAAUUCUCACAAAGCAAUUAAAUUGGCAAGUCCACUGGGUAAAUGUACAGUCAAUCGUGCCUAAUAUGCACUGACUAUCGGCAGAUACUGAGAGUCCAAACAAACGUAUUUGAGCGUUUGGACUUGUUUUAGAGGUAAUGCGUUUACAGAAAAAACACUGCUGGUCAAAUCCCAGGGAUACAUCCAUGCUGCCCUGCUGGAAUAGUGUACCAAAGGUAUCAAUGCUGUAGCAUCUGGGCCAGAGCUUGGAUGUCUGAGGUAAAAAUCUGUUCAUUCAAGGUUGCCAUGUGAGGAGGCUUCAUCAGACCAGUUUGGAAAGGAAGAGAGCCUUAUCCGGGGAAGGAAAAAGUGACUUGGUUUGGGCCAUGAUGACAAAUUAAUACAAUUUCAAAAUACAUAUUUAUAUAUAAAAUAAACAGCAAAAAACGUAUGGAAUAAUACAUGUGUAAUAUCUUGUGAUAAAAGGAUAGAAACAACCCCAUGCUCUUCACAAUCUAAAAACAACAUUGAUAUUUAUUUACAUAAUGUGCAUUAUUACCAUUUAAACUGAACGUGUAAAAUGUUUAGUUCCAGUUUCAAUGUAUAAAUCAACUCAGAAUAAAAGGCCCAUGUCGAAGUCAUGGGGUGUAGAAUGCCUGUACAGAGAUUGACGUUGUGAAACCAGGAUGUUUAAGAAGCUGUAGGGAGAAAAAAAAUCUGCAGGAAACUGAAACAUUGUCAAAGAACGAGUCGCAUGGCUACGUUUAUUCUCUGAAAAGAGUAUUUUUGGAAUCUCAAAAGCCUUUUGAUGUCACCUUCCCUCACCACCUGCUCAAAACCUCCAGGAAAGGAUCUGAGAGACUUUAGAGGCCCGCCUGAUGCCUCAUUAUUCAUUUGUAAUUACUUGAGAUUGAUGACCUACCAACAAUGCCUUUAUGUGCUAUUGCUGUGAGCUAGUGUUCCAAUAUGCAUGGUUAUUCUCAUUACCUUCCAUCCGCCAUCUCAUCUCGCCCGAUAAGCACUUCUUCCUAACACAUUCCUAAGAUCUUGCCUCGCACUGCCAUCCAGUGAGGUAAAGGAAUCGUUGUGUAUUAUUUGAAUUGGCACCUGCCCUCCCUUCCCCUAAGAUCAUGACAAGGUCAAUGUUUUAAGAAAAAUGCUACAGAUUGGUGACAAUUUUGCACCUGCAGCAAUGCUGAAGUAUACACACUGCACCUGCACGUGUUGCAUAUACAGGUUCAAACUACUGUAACUUAGAAAAGCAUAGUAUUGUUGGAUCCCUGAACAUUGUUGUGGUAUCUGUUAAAAGACAAAGUGUGAGGAGAGAUUUCAAACGUGACCGCACCAGUGUCAAUGCUACUCAGAUGAAAAGCUGAGCCGCUCAAGCCUAUAAUGGAACACAUUCACAAAUAAACCCCACGAGAACUUUUGAAAGUCCUGUCGCCCAGUAUCCAUUGCAGUAAUGUGGCAUAGGAAUGGCACUUGGCAUGAGUGUGAGAGAGAGAGAGAGAGAGAGAGAGAGAGGGAGAGAGGGAGAGAGAGAGAGAGAGAGAGAGAGAGAGGGAGAGAGAGGGAGAGAGAGGGAGAGAGAGAGCCCCUCCCGUCUGGAAAGCAGAGGAGAGGCCAUUGGAUAGAUUAAAGCUUCCUGAGGUGCAUCUCAAGAGACAUCACAACAGACCUUGCACAGGCCAAGUGAAACCACCCGGAACAGAUUACAGAUGUCUUACCAUGUGACCGUAUGGAUCGAAGCGUAGCUAAAUGUACACGUGUCACAGCUCAUACAAGAGGAUACGUAUACCAAAAAGAUAACUGAAAAAGGCAUGCUCACAUCAUUAGAUCGACUACUCUGUAGACACAGCAAAUCAUAAUAGGUAAGUGCUUUUUAAAUAAAUACUUUAAAAUAAUAUCACUGGUAAGGUGGCUAACAGUGUAAGAAAAGAAAAAAAGAAUAUUCUAAAACCAAGUUGCAAAGACAAAGGAAAAGAAAGUUAAAAAGGAGAAAUCAGCAAUAAAAAGGCAGAAACACUGGUGUGUAUGUAUGGCCAUAUUUCUCUUGGCAUACGUCUUCAGAACUGCUGCGAGUGGGCCUGCCAUGACUUAGAGCCCUUGACCAAGCUCUAUACCAACCCCAAAUCAUCUGAAUAGUCAUGUGGAUUGUUUGCGUUAACGAGAGCAGAUGUGAAACUGAGGUAUACCUUGUUGAGGGAGGUUCAUGGUUGUCAUAGUAGUAAUGCUUCCAAAUGUACACCCCGCCCCCCCUCAAAAACAA